GGGACAGGGACCCGGCCGAGCGGAGCCGCUGCGCCAGCGGUGCCCCUCCAGCCGGGGCAACUAGCGGAUCGGAGCUGCGCGCGGAUCUGCCUCGCCCCGCCCCGCUCCACCCGGGAGGGUGGCCCGAGGCAGCCGGGAUGACACUUCUCCCCAGGAACCCUGCUACCUGCUGAGAAACAUGAUCAGCAAGUCCCGCUGGAAGCUCCUGGCCAUGCUGGCUCUUGUCUUGGUCGUCAUGGUGUGGUAUUCCAUCUCCCGAGAAGAUAGGUACAUUGAAUUUUUUUAUUUUCCUAUCCCAGAGAAAGAGGAGCCAUGCUUCCAGGGUGAGGCAGAGAGGAAGGCCUCUAAGAUCUUUGGCAACCACUCCAGAGAACAGCCCAUCUUCCUGCAGCUUAAGGACUACUUUUGGGUCAAGACAUCUUCUACCCAUGAGCUACCCUAUGGGAUCAAAGGAAGUGAAGACCUUCUCCUCCGGGUGCUGGCCAUCACCAGCUACUCCAUACCUGAGAGUAUACAGAGCCUCAAGUGUCGUCGCUGUGUUGUGGUGGGGAAUGGGCACCGGCUGCGGAACAGCUCACUGGGAGGCAUCAUCAACAAGUAUGAUGUGGUUAUCAGAUUGAACAAUGCCCCAGUGACUGGCUAUGAGGGAGACGUAGGCUCCAAGACCACCAUGCGUCUCUUCUACCCCGAGUCUGCCCACUUUGACCCCAAAGUAGAGAACAACCCAGACACACUCUUGGUCCUGGUAGCUUUCAAGGCAGUGGACCUCCACUGGAUUGAGACCAUCUUGGGUGAUAAGAAGCGAGUGAGAAAAGGUUUCUGGAAACAGCCUCCCCUCAUCUGGGAUGUCAACCCCAAACAGAUUCGGAUUCUCAACCCUUUCUUCAUGGAGAUUGCAGCUGACAAGCUCCUGAGCCUCCCCAUGCAACAGACACGCAAGGUCAAGCAGAAGCCGACCACAGGCCUGCUGGCCAUCACCCUGGCCCUCCACUUCUGUGACUUGGUGCACAUCGCUGGCUUUGGCUACCCAGAUGCCUUCAACAAGAAGCAGACCAUCCAUUACUAUGAGCAGAUCACGCUCAAAUCCAUGGCAGGGUCAGGCCACAAUGUCUCCCAAGAGGCCCUGGCCAUCAAGCGCAUGCUGGAGAUGGGAGCUGUCAAGAACCUCACGUACUUCUGACUUAGGCGAGAUCUGUCAUACUCUGCUGUCUGGAUGAUUCCUGUUUAAUGGCUGUGAAGUGCCUGGUACCAGUACGAUCCACUUGGACUCACCCUCCUUUAAUGGGGAGGGCGUCCUGGGACUGGUCAGGUCUCAAGCAAGGCCAUACCCCUGACUACUCUGGUGAGGUCCAGAUUUAGACAGGGUGGAGACGCUGAGGCUGCAGGAGCCUGUCCAAGGAAGGGGGCUUGUUGCUGUGGCAUCCCCUCUCUGCCAGCACCAAAAGAUUAUUUAACAUGCUAUUUAAUUAAGUGCUGUGGGCUGGUUCCAUAGCAUUCAGAAAAGGGGCACAAUACAGUGUUCUGCCCACUUUUUUAUAAAACUUAACAUGUGAUGGGCCUGUCAAGGCCUAGACCUAGAGCUGGCCUCCCUGGAGGAUGGAGGCCUCAAGAGUGGGAGGGUGUCCUCCAGAGAGGGGCUGCUACCUCCCAGCGGGCUUGGGAAGAGCACUGGUGAGGGGGUUCCAACAAGAAGGGACCUUAUGUGGCAAAGAGGUUGCAAAUCAACCAUUAAAAUAUUUUUUCCUAAAACGGAA